AGAAGAGGAAGCCGGCCCAGGAUGCCAGUGUGCUCGCGAAGUUCGGCAUGGGCUCUCGUUACCUUGGAGUUUCUCUUCAGGAGGCAACAGCCCGUCCUCCGGUUCAGCAAGGCAGCGUCUUCAUUACACUGCAGUAGAGUUUUCCAUAAAAGCACACCGUGUAGCCGUGUCAUAAACCCCUUAACUUCAAGAUUCGCAGCAUUUUUUGGCUUCCAGGUGACCAGAAGAAUCAGCAUGUCGUCCGGUGCGAUGUCCCAGAGAAUGGUUUGGGUGGACCUGGAGAUGACAGGUCUGGACAUUGAGAAGGACCAGAUCAUUGAGAUGGCGUGCAUUAUCACAGACUCUGAACUGAACAUUUUGGCUGAGGGGCCCAACUUGAUAAUUAACCAGCCAAACGAGCUGUUGGAAGGGAUGUCAGAGUGGUGUAAAGAGCAUCAUGGAAAGUCAGGACUGACCCAGGCUGUAAAGGACAGUAAAAUCACCCUGGCACAAGCAGAGUACGAGUUCCUGUCCUUCGUCCGGCAGCACACCCCGCCUGGAUCCUGUCCCCUUGCUGGCAACUCUGUGCAUGCAGAUAAGAAGUUCCUGGACAAGUACAUGCCACAGUUUAUGUACCACCUUCACUACAGAAUCAUCGACGUCAGCACCAUUAAGGAGCUUUGCAGACGGUGGUAUCCAGAGGAAUACAAGAACGUGCCUCUCAAGAAAGCAGCCCACAGAGCCUUGGAUGACAUCCAUGAGAGCAUUAAAGAGCUGCAGUACUACAGAGCCAACGUCUUCAAAGCCUCAACGGAGGAGAAGAAGCGCAAGAUUGUAGAAAAUGGAGGCAGCAACAAUAGUUAGCAGCCUUUAGUGUUGUAUCGUAGCAUUUCUUGACAAAAAGCAGUUAAAUCAGUCAGAGAUAUAUGUGAUUUCUCUUGAUUGAUUUUAGUUUCUGUUCAUAUUUAGCUGCCCAACAAUCCUUCGUUUCAACAUUGUUCAAAAGUUUAACAUAGAGGUUUCAUCAAAGGGAGCAUGAUUCUCGUGUGACAGUUCUUUCAAAAGAAAGCUAUUUUUCCGAGUUUAAAAGAGGAGCAUUUGAAAGUGACCUUGCAGUUUUGUAUUUAUUUAUCUUCAGUCUGGAAUUGACUUUGAUUUUCCCUUGUUUUUAAAAUGAAACCAAAUAAACUAUGAUCCCUGAGG